UUGGUGCAGGAGGACUUUCUUGCACUUUUGGACUCUUUGCAGCCCGCAGAAGGUCGCAACAAAUGAGGCUGCUCGGAGGUUGCAGGCAGCGAUGUUUUAACCUCCAACUCGCCUCCUUUUUGACGAUGUUUUAACCUCCAACCGGCCUCCUUUUUGACACGCGAACUUCCCCCGAGCGGCCAGCAGCGCCAUGGCGGCCCAGGGCGACGCUCUGAGCGGCUACUUGCAGUCCGACCAAGGCUCCAACAGCGAGCGGAGCACAGACUCUCCUCUGCCCGGCGACGACGACGACUUGAGCGGCCCCGACCCGGAGUGGACCGAGGAGAGGUUCCGAGUGGACCGGAAGAAGCUGGAGUUCAUGUUACUAGCCGCCUCGGAGGGCAGAGUCAAUGGCGGGGAGGAUUUCUUCCAACAGAUUAUGGACGAAACCCAAACACAGAUAGCCUGGCCCUCUAAACUGAAGAUCGGAGCAAAGUCGAAAAAAGAUCCACACAUCAAAGUGUGCGGCAAGAGGGAAGACGUGAGGGAAGCCAAAGACAGGAUCAUGUUGGUGCUCGACACAAAGAGUAACAGGGUGACGCUGAAGAUGGACGUGUCUCACACGGAGCACUCGCACGUGAUCGGCAAAGGCGGCAACAACAUCAAGAGGGUGAUGGAGGAGACGGGAUGCCACAUCCACUUCCCCGACUCCAACAGGAACAACCAGACAGAGAAAAGCAACCAGGUGUCCAUCGCAGGGCAGCCAGGAGGGGUGGAGGCGGCUCGAGUUAAAAUCAGGGAGCUGCUCCCGCUCGUCUUGUCCUUCGAGCUGCCCGCCAUCAUGCAGUCGGACCCCAGCUCGCCGAGCGUGCAGGCAAUCUCGCAGACCUACAACCUCACCGUGUCUUUCAAGCCCCCCACACGCCUCUACAGGGCCACCGGCGUGGUGCGCGGAUCCCAAAACAACACCAACGCCGUCAAGCGAGGCACCGCCCUCCUGCUGGAGCACCUGGCGGGCAGCCUGGCCAGCACCAUCUCAGUCACCACCCACCUGGACAUCGCACCCCAGCACCACCUCUUCAUGAGGGGCCGCAACGGCAGCAACAUCAAACACAUCACCCAGAGGACGGGGGCCCAGAUCCACUUCCCGGACCCCAACAGCCCGCAGAAGAAAUCCACGGUCUACAUCCAGGGCACCAUCGAGUCGGUGUGCCUGGCUCGCCAGUACCUCAUGGGCUGCCUGCCGCUGGUGCUGAUGUUUGACAUCAAAGAGGACGUGGAGGUGGAGCCUCAUUGCAUCACGGCGCUGAUGGAGCAGCUGGACGUCUUCAUCAGCAUCAAACCCAAGCCCAAGCAGCCCAGCAAGUCUGUCAUAGUGAAGAGCGUGGAGAGGAACGCGGUGAACAUGUAUGAGGCCCGCAAAUUCCUCCUGGGUCUGGAGUGCAACGGCGUGGCCUCCUCGCCGCCCUCGGUCGCCUUGAAUCCCGCCGCCAACGGACCCUCGCCGUCCCUCAUCUGCCCCGUCGGCCUGGACAUUCUGGCCUCAGCUGGCCUGGGGCUCAGCAACCUGGGCUUCCUGGGUGCGACGACGUCCCACUCGCUGGCGAACUCGGCGACCCCUAACGCCGUCCUGAACACCUUAAACUCCUCCAUGAGUCCCCUGCAGGCCCCCAGCGCCCCCACGCCCUCCCUGUGGUCCAGCUCCCUCAGCAGCAGCCAAGCCUUCUCGUCCCAGUUGAUGCUGCACCCGGCCGCCCAGGCCACCCUGAGCAGCAUCCUGCUAUCCAGCGUUCAGGGCUACACGCAUAGCACGCCGUCCCCUCCGCCGGGCCUGGCGCCCAUCGACAAGCAGUCCAUCGGCGGCGUCCCCGACUGCGCCAAAGCGGCCUGCUCUCUCAACGGCCAUGUGAAGCAUCCCAGUUCCGUCUACGGGAGGAUAGCCACGGCGUCUCUUGCCGAGACGGUUUUGAGUCCGGCUCCGUGUGACUCAGUCCAAGAGGCCAGCGGACACAAUCCAUCAGAACCACGGUCCAGCAAGUCCAACACAGAUGAAGGCUCCGACACCUUCGUGGAGGUGGGCAUGCCCAGGAGCCCCUCGCACUCGGCCAACGGCAACGAGUUGAAGCAGAUGCUGGCGUCCUGCAAGACGUCGUCGGGGAAGCGACAAGCUGUGGAGCUCCUGCAAGGCACCAAGAAUUCACACUUACAGUGUGGGUGCAGUUCCGACUGCCUGUUGUCGGACGCAGAGUCCAGUUCUUCAGACAGUCCUGUGGCCGACAAGAGGGCGCCGGGCAGCGAGCGGGCGGCCGAGAGGGCGGCACAGCAGAACGAGAGAGAGAGAAUCAGACUUGGACCACAGACCUCCUUCGCCAACAUGCAGGCCUUUGACUACGAGCAGAAGAAGCUGCUGGCAACCAAAGCCAUGCUGAAGAAGCCAGUGGUGACGGAGGUGCGGACGCCGACCAACACCUGGAGUGGCCUUGGUUUCUCCAAGUCCAUGCCGGCAGAAACCAUCAAGGAGCUGAGGAGAGCCAACCACGUGUCCUACAAGCCCAGCAUGAGCACCACCUUUGAGGUGAGCCCGGCACCCUCCGCUCUGUUUGUGUUGAGCCCGGUCUCACCCCUGGAUUUUUGCUCCCAGGGUUCCCCGCUGUCCUUGUCGCGCUCCGGCAGCCGGGAGGGCGUGGCCAACGGCAGCGAUUCCGACAACUGGCGGGAGAGGAACGGCACGUCAAACGGGCUGCAGGCUCAUUCCGAGUUCCCCGCCGCCGUGAGCAGCCCCAAGAGGAAGCAGAACAAAUCUGCUGCAGAACACUACCUGAGCAGCAGCAACUACAUGGACUGCAUCUCCUCGCUGUCGGGCAGCAACGGCUGCAGCCUCAACUCCUCCCUCAAAGGCUCGGAGCUGCCCGAGCUCUUCAGCAAGUUGGGCCUGGGGAAGUACACGGAUGUCUUCCAGCAGCAGGAGAUCGACCUGCAGACCUUCCUGACUCUGACCGACCAGGACCUGAAGGAAUUGGGCAUCAGCACUUUUGGCGCCCGCAGGAAAAUGCUACUGGCCAUCUCAGAACUCAACAAGAACCGGCGGAAGCUCUUCGAGCCCCCCAUCAGGUCCUCCUUCCUGGAAGGGGGCGCCAGCGGGCGCCUCUCCCGCCAGUUCCACGCCGACAUGGCCAGCGUCAGCGGGCGGUGGUAGGCACUCACUCAACCCUCCAACCGCGGGACUGGUCCCUGGUCCCUGGUCCCGGUGGCCAUGUUGUGUAAAUUACAAGCCAUAGUUGUCCUUGCCGAGGUUCCGUCCUGUCAGAGCCACGAGGAAGCAAGGUGGAACCUCCAAGGUGGAACCUCCAAGGUGGAACCUCCAAGGUGGAACCUCCGUGGCGGGCGAGGGCAGGAUUUGACCCCGUGACGCAGACAUGCACUUUAAUAUUGCUCCACGUUUGCCUGUGAAAGAAACUUUGCCAAAUAAAAUGUAAGCACUUAGGAAAGGUCAGCGAGGUCGCCAUGAUGUCAUGGACGCCGAUGACCGCGGCGCCAAAAAGAGAUUGGGAGGUCAGUGUUUAUUGUUUAAGCUCAGCUGCCAUCUUGCGUGUGUUUCUCCACCCAAUGAGAAAAAAAAACAAUAUUUUGUACUCACUAUUUUUUUGUUAAAGCAGCAAGUUAAGGGAAGGUAAUCGCUUUAUUUUUUUAUACUUCUUGUUGUGUGUAUUCUUGUCUUUGUGUACCAGCUGUUGGACUUGUCCGCCUCCAAUUCCCACAAUGCACUCCUCCGACGAUGAAGGGACUUUUGCAGCACCAAGGGCCAGUUUACUGCAGUUAAGACCAAAAUGAUCUUUUUUCUUGUUCAAAUGGGAAUUGUGGGGUCUUAGAAGGACACAAGAAGUGGAAAAUGUCUAGAAUUCACCUUGGAAAUAUUUGAUAAUUUACUACUUUAUUCAUAACAUUGAAAACACUCAUCAGGAAUUGACAUUAUAUAUAUAUAUAUAUA